AUGUUGCGAGAUCUAUUCUAUCAGUUGUUCCCCAAUGUCACAGCGCAAGAGUUAUUUUGUAAUAUCCAAAAUCUUAAACAGCAGAUAAUCUCAGCACAAGUUAGACUAGUUAUCCUGAAAGAAACAGACUUGGAAGAAAAACGUUUCGUUCUUACACGAAUUGCUGCACUGCAAGCGGAAAUGGAACAACAAUUGCUUUUCUUCGUUGUUGCAACGAGACAUGAUGAAGUACCUCGUUUUCGCAAUUGGAUUGAAAAGCAAGACACGACUUACGGACCUUUAUAUGCAAGAACAUUCAAACGAUGGAAAGGUGAACAGAAUUGGAGACCCAAUUUGUUGUACCCACCCUAUCUUCAACACCCACCUCUUAUCCCACUGUAUCUGAGAUAUCCAUCAUCUCCUGGAAUCAUUUUUUUCGGUGGUGUACAAAACCAACUUGGUAUGGGUUACAGGUUUUCAGAUAAAGACGCCGUGAGAAACUCCAAUAUACCAUUCCUCCCUAACCCAUCGGCAAUAGUUCCUCCAGAUAUUAUGGAUUCGAGGUCAUCUACGCCACCAGAACUUCCAGAUCUUUUUGCUGAUUUUCAAUUACCGUUACAGCUUUCUUCUUCCUCGGAGAAUGAAAGUACUGAAACUACGUAG